UAUGAAGAUUCUUGGAUUUUUUAACACUUGGUUAAUGAGUACCGUUUUAAAACGUCACGUUAUAUUAUUCUUUUCCUUAAAAAGGAAGAAGGAUCGUAAGGAAACAUUUAAAUCGUGGUGCACUCGCAUCAUAUUUCAAUUAUUAUUGUUAUUAAUUUUGUGUUACAAAUAUGAAAAAUUCAUUUAAAAGAAACGCAUAUUAUAAAAUUGUAGUUAUAUUUAACAGAUAAACUUUUCAAUUUAAUGGUAACGGUGUGUCGACUAAGUGGAUAACAAUUACAUGGAAUUUGAUAAUUUGUCGAAGUACUCUCUUAUCAAUAAGAGUGUUAUCAGCCGAAAGUACCUCACACCGUAGAUGUUGCCAUUUUAAUACUGAUAAGAAGUCGUUAUACAUUAAUUUGUAGUAUAUGAACAGCGAAUUAAGUUUAAAAUUGCGGCGUCAAUAAAAAAAGAGUGAAAGAUGGUUGUGCGUCACGCUGUGCAGGGAUACGAAAACUUUUUCAAAUUUAUGGAAAAUUUCAAGGCUUCCGAACCGGUUUACGUGCUUUAUAGUGGUACAAAACUUCCUAAUGGGAAAAGUUGGUGUCCCGACUGUGUUGAAGCGGAACCUUUUAUAGAAGAAGGUUUUAAAACAGCUCCCGAAUCAGCACACUUAGUUACAGUACAAGUUGGUGAUCGACCAUUUUGGAAAGACUUGAACUGUCCAUUUCGAACAAAUUCCACAACCAAGUUAAAAGUAUUGCCAACAUUAGCAAGAUGGGGUACGCAAAAACGUCUUGAAGGAAAUGAGUGUCUAAAAGUUGAUCUCAUUGAAAUGUUACUCACCGAUGAAGAUGAUUAAAUAAUAAUGCAGCUUUGUUGGACUAAUGAAGUUUAAACCAAGCAGUUCUUUCAUCAUGAAGCUGGUGUCAUUUCUUGCGAUUCUGCCGGUGGUAUCACCCGCACGGAAAAAUGAAUUCUCUUGUUUCUUAGAAAACUGUAACUGUUAUCAAAAAUGACUGUAUCUGAAAUAGGUGAAAUGUUUACACAUUAUUAU